AUGUUGGUAACAGAGUUACUCUCAGACAACUUGUAUGAGUAUUCUAAAUACAACCGUGAAGAAGAGGAAACAUUUUACUUUACUAUUCCGCGUCUUCGUCGUAUAGCUCGUCAGAUUGCUGAGGCACUCACUUACGUGCAUAGUCUAAAUCUUAUUCAUGCCGACUUGAAGCCGGAAAACGUAUUGUUUGUCUCUCAUCGCCGUUGUGUGGUGAAGGUGAUUGAUUUUGGUAGUAGUUGCUUUUUGAGUGACCACCUCAGCUCGUAUAUACAGAGUCGCAGCUAUCGAGCUCCUGAGGUAAUUUUUGGUUGUGACUACGAUGGGCGGAUAGAUGUGUGGUCUCUUGGCGCAAUUCUGGUGGAACUUGUUACAGGUGAAGUUCUUUUUACGUCUGAUACAGUUCCAGAAAUGCUUGCUCGCAUUGUUUAUGUUUGUGGACGACCAUUUCCACGAAGAAUGCUAUGGGAGGGUCGACAUACGGCCAAAUUUAUAAAUAAAUUUGGUUGUAUCUAUGAACAAGGGAAUAAGGAUGGGGAAGAUGCUGCAGAGGAUUCUUCAUAUUAUUAUUUAUAUACUCCAGUAUUUCAAUCAAGGGAAUCCCAGGAAGUAAAUGAAAAAGCGAUGCAUAAAAAAGAGAGUGAUACUGUUGAUUUGGGAGAAAAUGAGGAAACACUCCUCGAUGGAGCUCCUUAUAGUGUGCUUCGACAAAAGCUUGCGGCGCAUGGUGUUACUGAUGCAUCUUUUUUGUCGUUUGUAGAGGCGUGUCUGACUCUUGAUCACAAAAAGCGGCCACGAAGCAAGGAUCUUCUUUCUCAUCCUUUUCUUACGCACUCCGAUUGA